UCCAACUUGGGACCACUGUUGUUCAUAAUCUAUAUGAAUGAUCUUCUAACUUCCCUGAAGUGUCCAGUGUUAGCGUUCGCAGAUGACUUCAAACUCUACCUAAGAAUACUUAAUGCUUUGGAUCAAUUACUCCUUCAAUCAAGCCUGGAAUAUAUGCACGAGUGGUGUUUGCGUAACAAGUUGAUACUAAAUAUGGAAAAAUGUUUCAGCAUCACAUUCACGAGGAAAUCGCAACCACUUACUUUCGGCUAUCAUAUGGCAGGACAGCUGAUAAAUGUAAAGGAUCAGAUUCAUGAUCUUGGAGUCUUUACAUACGUGAUCAGUAAACUAGAAUAUGCCAGUUUGAUCUGGUUUCCCAUCUACAAUUGUCACCUUGUACCACUGGAGCGCAUACAUAGAAAGUUUUUCAAAUAUGUAACAUUUAGGAGUACUGGAAGGUUUCCUGAGCGUGGGGCGGAUUUGUCAAUUAUUAUGAGUGAAAUGAGGAUAUCAUCCCUUCUUGCGAGGCGUGAGGAGCAAUGUGCCAGGUUUGCUCAAAGACUUUUAAAUUACAGAAUAGACUGCCCAUAUUUGCUCUCCAAAAUGAGUUUGAACGUUCCAAGAUUGGUAACGAGAUCUAGAGAGGUGUUUUAUCUACCUACGGCUCGUACAAAUAUAUUCGAACGGUGCCCUGUUUAUAGUAUAUGUCGAAGUGCUGACAGACUGGAGUUGAAUAUGUUUAGUUAGUUUGAGGACUUGAGUUUGUGUUGAGUGGAAUGUUGGAAUUUCAUAUCGCGUGUAUCGGUUUCGGGUCUUUUCCGAGCAAAGGCUGCAUAUGUUUAUAUAUAUUAUAAUUAUAAUUCCUUUCUUAUAUUUUUAUGGUGUAAAUUUUUGAACUGUAACACGUAACAUAUAUUUCUUUGCCCUAUAAUUGGGAUUUUCCUGUUGGGUAAAAUAAAGCUUUAUUAUUAU